AUGGCGGCGGCAGUUGCGGGUGAAAAGGUUCUCCUCCCGCCAGAUGCGGCUUCAACAAGUAAGCUGCUCGAUGGUUGGUUUGGGAGUUGGAAUUGGAAUAUUUGGGGCGGCGGCAACCCCUCCGGCUGCGGAUGCAGCAACCCGCCUCCCACCGGCGGCUGCGGAUGCAACAAUGUUAAUCCUCCAGUAGUUCCAACUCAGCCACUGUGCAGCCCCCCACCGCCAUCACCGGCGGUUCCACUUCCCUCGCCACCCCCGCCGGAGCUUCCUCCACCAGUGCCGGUAUGCAGCACCUGCAACCCCCCAUCGCCGCCGGCACCGGAGCUUCCUCCACCCGUGCCCCUCCCGUCGCCGGAGCUUCCGCCUCCGACUCCACCGCCACCGCCGAGUUGCAUGGCGACGCUGGGUGGUUCAUGCACAAGCGAUGCUCAGUGUUGCGGAAACCGGUGUCAAAGGGUUUAUAGGACUACCGGACAGAUUCUGGUGCCUUCUCGUUGUUGCAUCUGGCAAGGUGGGGAUUGUAGCCAGACACCUUCAAAUUGUUGCCACGUCACAGUAUCACGCGGCGAUGUUCGACCUGGAGUUUGUAAAUCAGGAAUAUGUUCCUACUGA